AUGAAAACCGCACACGACCUCAAUCAGUACAGGCUUGACUUCCUCGAGCUCAAGGCUUUGAGUAUUCCGUCAUCGCUGCGCUUCUUGCUCGGUAUCGAGUAUGAUGUGGUACUUUGCGUGAACGAGGUGGGUACUCGCCGUCCAUUCCGCCUCCACUUUCCCGUCUUCGCGCCGACGCUCCGUAAGCUGCUGUCACUCUGUGCCAGGCGGUUUGGACUGGACUGCGAGCACGGUGAGGCGGAGUCUGUCCUGACAGGCACCGCCUCGAUGCCGCUGCUGCAGUACGCCGAUUAUCUGCCCGGGGCUCUUCACGUUAAGGAGAUCCUGGAAUGCCUGCAGGUGAAGCCGGCUGCGAAGGCCAAGAAGUGGAUGAGCCCCGCCGCCUGUCCUGCUUUGCCCUCUGCGUCUGCGGGGUCCGAUGCGACCACUGACAACGCCGCCGCUACCGCUGGAACCAGUAACGAGUUUGAGGCAAGCUUCAUCGACUACUCCGAGUUUUCGUCCGACAGCUCGCUCGACGAUGUGCACGGAUUGGGCUUUUAUCUGCUGCUCGAUUACGGCUUGAGCCUCGCUACCCACAGCCACCUUGUCGGUAUCCGCUUUCACAAGGACUGGGACCCAGCGGAGGCGCUGCGUGAGUUUCAGGAGUUCAGUGGCUGGUCCGAGUUUGACCUGCGCUACCACGAUGAGCAGCGGCCACACGACGGCGGUGUCAUCAUUAUGCCGUCCUCCCAAGAUGCCUGCGACCUCCUGGAGAAGUACGAGGACGAGGACUCGGACGACGAAGGCGAUCUGCUACCAUUCAUCCUCCGCCCUGUCUCCCCACUCGUUCCCGUGCCCUCGCUCGAGGACGCCACCCUACGCAAGUUACGCGACCAGCACUGGGACGAUGUAAAGAAGCAUUGGACGCACCUGCCGCACACUCUGAACACCGUCGUUGUGUACAACCUGUACGAAGGCGCGACAUUAACAGAGGUGCUAUCGUUCUUCGAGCCGCUGCCGAUUGUCUCGUCGGCGUUUGUUGAGGACAAGGCGCCAUCUCACCGUCGCCGCGCCUUCAUCACGUUCGCGAACCUUGAGGCGACGCGCAAGGCGCUGGAUGUGGACGGCAAGAACACUCGCGGGUGUACGUUGCGAGUGCAGGUGUCGCCUCCGUACAUCUCUCCCAGCCGCCGCGGCAAUCCAGUGAAAACGGAGCGCGACAGCCAUGGCGCAGGUGACGGCUUCGCAAAGACGGUGUGCGGCGGUGCUGCCGCAAGCACGGCGGCUCACAACUCCUGCAGGAGCGCUUCGCCGACCUCUAGCCCUUCUCUCCAAAUCAUUGACAACACCACAACCGUGUUGCACGGGAAGGCCAAACCCGCUGGCAACGGGAAUGGGGGCGCUGCUUCUGAUACCUCCUCUGUCGCUGCCGCCCACGUAGGUGCUGCGUCGAUUCCAACCGGCAAAUCCGAGGCGAGCAUGGUGCGGCCGGUCGCCACUUCUCCUACGCCAGCGUAUGUGGUGCAAGCAGGGUCGACGCUACCUGCUGCUGCUGCCGCCCAGAAUGCCAGCUCCUUUGCUGGCUUUGUCGAUCGAGCCGCAGCGGUGGCGGGGGCGAUCGCAGCGAGAGCUCAUGCCAUUGCAGCCGCCUCCGCAGCUCCGAUUUCGCCACCGAAAGCGACGGGCGGCGGAGCUGCGCCUGCCGCGUCCGGAGCUGAAAAAGACAAGCGGAUUGACGUCAUGUCCUCGCCGGGUGGUUCGCACAUGAACGCCGCUGCAAAGGAGUUUGUCCCUCAUUUUCAGCUCAGCGCCAAUUCCCCCGAGUAUCGCCCCGCACCGCCGCCAAAAAUCGAGGCGAUGUACGGCGACUACGCUGGUCUGUCGAGUCUCCGUGAUGGCGUCGGGUUUCCACCGCCGCCUCCACCACCACCGCCGCCGUCCUACGUGGAGGCGCUCAGCCCUGCACCAGAGUACCGCCCCGCACCGCGCUCGUCACGUCUCUCGCACGUCGGUGCCUCGCCGAGCUUGCCGCCGUACGCGUUGCCUCCUCCGUACGUUGCAGGUGGGGAUGACGUGGAUGACAUGUUUCCGCCCCCACCACUGCCGCCGCCGUACUUGGGCGACUGA